GUGAUGUAAACUGCUGCUUGCAGAGCAUACUGACUACAGCUGAUAAACAUAUAAUAUAAAUAUUAUGAUCAUGGUUAUGACACUCGACAGCUAAUCUCUGACUGUAUAAUGGCUGAAUCUCCGGACAGUCGCAGUCUUGUUUCUGCGUCCUCACAGCUCAAUUUAAUGGAAAUAGAGGCGAUUGAUGAUAAAGAGUUUGACAUUCCUCAAGUGGACACGCCUCCGACCCUAGAGAGCAUCCUGAAUGAGCCUGAAGAGGAGGAUGAGCCAUUCAUUCUGGAGGACACGUGUCUUUUGAACACAGAGAACAUUGAUGCCCACUCGUGUGAAACCUCAUCUCUGGCCAGCUCUGACAGUGGAGACCGCACACACUUAAAGAGGAGGAGGAAAGCAGUGGAAACUAAUGCUACAGUACAUGGAUCUGUUCUUAGACGCAAUCUGCUGAAAGGCAUCUCGGCUCAGAUAGUAUCAGCUGCGGAUAAAGUUGAUGCUGGCUUGCCAACGGCAAUAACUGUUUCAAAUGUGAUCGCUGUAGGGACGUCACAUGGUCUGGCCUUAGUAUUUGGAAAAGACCAGAACCAGGCUCUGCGUCUCUGUCUGGGCACCACAGCGACAGGAGCGGAGUAUGGGGCGGUGUCAGCUCUCAGUAUUAAUCACGAUUGCACACGACUGCUUUGUGGCUUUGCCAAAGGACAGAUCACCAUGUGGGAUCUGGCCAAUGGGAAGCUGCUCCGCACUAUCACUGACGCCCAUCCACCUGGCACUGCCAUACUACAUGUGAAGUUCACUGACCACCCGGCGCUAGCUGUGUGUAAUGACAGUGGCGGAUCUGUGUUUGAGCUGUCAUUCAGGAGGGUAAUGGGGAUGAGGACAUGUGAAUCCAGGUGUUUAUUCAGUGGUUCUAAAGGUGAGGUUUGCUGUGUUGAGCCUCUACAUGCUGGACCUGAACUGAAAGAUCAUCCCAUUACCCACUACUCCCUGCUGGCCAUGGCCUCACUCACCAAGAUUCUGCUGAUAGGACUGAAGCCUUCACUCAAAGUAUGGAUGACUUUUCCCUACGGCAAGACGGAUCCUGCGAGUGUUCCCUUGUUGGCUUGGCAGUUUGUGGCAGUCCAGAAAACAAUCAACCCCGUUCUGGCCUUCUGUAGAGGAGACACCAUCCACUUCCUGCUGGUUAAAAAGGAUGAGUCUGGCACCAUCCAUGUCAUCAAACAGAGACAGCUUCAACUGAACUGUGACCUCAUCAGUCUGAGUUGGAUAAACCUCCGUACGCUUGUGUUAAUGGACAGCACAGAGAAGCUGCGAGUGGUGGACAGGCCCAGUCAGGAGGAACUGGAAACGGUGGACAUGGCCGAGCUGCAGCUGGUUUAUAACAGCAGCCAUUUUAAAUCCCUCGCUACCGGAGGAAAUGUCAGCCAAGCACUGGCUCUAGUUGGAGAGAAGACAUGUUACCAGUCUGUUUGCAGCUAUGCAGGCCAGAUCAUGUAUCUGGGAACAAAGUCUGUGCACAUCAUGACCCUGAGGAACUGGCGUGAGCGUGUGGACCAUCUGUUGAAACAGGAGAAGUUCAUGGAGGCUCUGUCUCUUGCCUGGUCCUUCCACGAGGGCACCGCCAAAGCUGUGCUAGGUCUGUUUGCAGACCCUGCUAAGAGAAAAGGUGUGGUUGCAGACAAGAUGGUGGAAAUUUUGUUACAGUAUGUGGAUCGCUCUCUGAAAAAAUGUCCAGAGCAAGGGAAAAUCCAGGCGAUGGAGCAACACUUCCAGGACAUGGUUCCCGUCACGGUGGAUUAUUGUCUCCUUCUGCAGAGAACGGACCUACUGUUUAACCAGAUCUACCCUCGGCUGGUGGAGAACUCAGUGGCCAGGGGUGUGUUUCUGGAGAGUCUGGAGCCUUACAUUCUGAGCGAGAGGAUUGGUUGUCUGACUGCACCCGUCAUGAGAGACCUCCUCAGCUACUUCCAGGAGAACGGCAUGAUGGAUAGUGUGGAGGGAUGCCUGGUCCAUAUGGACAUCACCAAUCUGGACAUACAGCAGGUGGUGCAGAUGUGCUGGGAUAACCAGCUGUAUGAUGCCAUGAUCUACGUCUUCAACAGUGGCAUGAACGACUACAUCAGCCCCAUGGAGAAACUCUUUCAGGCAAUUGGUCCUCCUCUCCGUGAAGGAAAGCCUCUCACAGAUGAGCAUGUUGUGAUGGGAAAUAAACUGCUGGUGUACAUCAGCUGUUGUUUGGCAGGACGGGCCUAUCCAUUAGGUGACAUUCCUGAAGAUCUGGUCCCUCAGGUGAAAAACCAGGUGUUUGAGUUUCUCAUUCGUCUGCACUCGGUGGAGGCUGCACAGGAAGAGGAAGUGUAUCCAUACAUUCGAACUCUUUUGCACUUCGACACUCGAGAGUUCCUCAACGUCCUGGCGCUGACAUUUGAGGACUUCAAGAAUGACAAACAGGCUCUGGAGUAUCAGCAAAGGAUUGUGGACAUUUUACUGAAGGUUAUGGUGGACAAUUCUGACUUCACCCCGUCUCAGGUCGGCUGUCUUUUCACCUUCCUGGCACGACAACUUGCCAAACCUGAUAAUACCCUCUUUGUUAACCGGAAGCUGUUUGACCAGGUUCUAGAGUUUCUAUGUAGUCCAGAUGAUGACUCUAGACAUACAGAAAGACAGCAGGUUCUGCUGGAGCUGCUGCAGGUUGGUGGCGUGGUCCAGUUUGAUGAAGGGCGUCUCCUUGACCUUGCAGAGAAGACGGAAUUGAGGAGCUCUUCAACUACAUUCAUAACAUCCUGUCCAUGCCAGGCUACAGCUCAGAGGAGAAACAGUUGGUGUGGGUCAAAGCCCUUCAACACAUCAAGGAUCUGGUCAGCAUUAACUCAGCUAAGACAGCAGAGCUAGUUGCAGUGCACUUUGCAGACAAGGUGCAGCCUAUCAUCACAUCUC